AGAAAAGGAGAGAUGAACUACAGAUUCUGCUAUGUUUUUAUCAAACUUCUGAUCAUUCAAUCUAUGUCAGUUCUUUGCGUUUCCGAAAGCUUCGAUUUCUUCUACUUUGUUCAACAAUGGCCUGGUUCAUAUUGUGACACAAAGCACAGUUGUUGUUAUCCGACAUCCGGAAAGCCUGCAGCAGACUUCGGCAUUCAUGGACUCUGGCCUAAUUAUAAUGAUGGCACUUAUCCAUCAUACUGUGAUUCCAAUAAUCCCUUCAAUGAAUCUGAGAUUUCAGAUCUGACAAACAGUAUGAAAAAGAGUUGGCCAUCACUGGCUUGCCCAAGCAGUGAUGGGUUAAGCUUUUGGUCACAUGAAUGGGAAAAACAUGGAACCUGCUCAGAGUCUGUGCUUAACGAACAUGACUACUUCCAAGCUUCUCUCAACUUAAAAAACCAAGUCGAUCUCCUCCAAACUCUAAAGACUGCAGGAAUUGAACCAAAUGGAGAGUCUUAUAGCUUGGAGAGUAUUAAAGAUGCUGUAGAAAAAGGAAGUGGGUACACCCCAUGGAUUGAAUGCAACACCGAUAGAUCAGGGAACAGCCAGCUUUACCAGAUUUAUUUGUGUGUAGACGCUUCUGCCUCCAAUUUCAUAGAAUGUCCAGUUUUUCCAAAGGGAAAAAAAUGUGGCUCCCAGAUUGAAUUCCCUUCCUUCUAGUACGAGCGUUAUGUCACUUGUAGCUAGAAUGUCAUCUUACUUGUUCUAUGCUGUUAUUUUCUCGUUAUGUCAUCUUUAGAGGUGUGCAUAGUGCGAAUUAGCCCUUUUUCCAAUAAUAAAAUUGCAGUGUGUCAUAGCUUGCCACAAGUUUAAUUU